AUGUCUUUCUUCAUUAAAGGAACCAAAAGCGUCAAAACGCCGAUCGCUGUGAAAAAGGCAACAAUAUCGAAGCGAAAGGGUGACGUCGACGCUGGGGGGAAAACUAAAGGCAAAAAACAGAAUUCAAAAUAUAAUGAAGAGAUUUCCAGCGACUCUGAAACUGAGAGUUCGAUAGUUGCCAAGAAAAGGCCGGCCAGAGAAGAGCAUGACUUUGACGAGACACCGCAAGAGAAGAAACUCAGAUUAGCCAAACUUUACCUCAACCAGUUAAAGGAACAAGAAGAAGAAAAGGGUGAAGAUGAGGCAUUUGAAACAGAAGUAAUUGCUGGAAGACUUCAAGAAGAAGUGCUUGAGCAUAAAGGCAAACUACAGCGACUCAUUGCCAAAGAUCUGUUGCCACCCGACACUUCCGAAAUCCGUCUAUUAAGAGGACACAAGCUCCCAAUUACCUGCCUGGUCAUCAGUCCUGAUGAUAAAUGCAUCUUCUCUGCCUCCAAAGAUUGCUCCAUCAUUAAAUGGGAUAUCGAAAGCGGGAAAAAACUGCGGGUCAUACCCGGUGGGAGGAAAGGCACGGAAGAUCGCCACAUCGGACAUACGGCUCACGUGCUUUGUAUGUCCAUAUCAUCCGACGCAAAAUACUUGGCCACGGGAGACAUGAACAAACUGAUCAUGAUUUGGGAAGCUGAAACGUGCAAGCAUCUUUAUAAAUUCACAGGACACAAAGGCCCCGUGUCGGGUCUCUCGUUCAGGAAGGGAACACAUGAUCUUUACAGUGCCUCACACGAUCGCUCCAUCAAAGUCUGGAAUGUGGAUGAAAACGCCUAUGUGGAAACCCUCUUCGGCCAUCAGGACGCCAUCACGGGACUUGACAGCCUGAGCCGAGAACGUUGCGUGACCGCCGGCGGACGCGACCGUACUGUGCGUGUGUGGAAGAUUGCCGAGGAGUCGCAGCUCGUGUUUCACGGUCACGAGGGGUCAAUAGAUUGCAUCCAACUCAUUAAUGAGGAACACAUGGUCACAGGAGCUGACGACGGCUCCGUGUGUCUUUGGAGUGUUAAUAAGAAGAAACCCCUCAGCACGGUGAAGCAGGCUCACGGUUGCCAUGGCAACGUCGGGCUAGAGCAGCCUCACUGGGUGGCCGCGGUGGCCGCGCUUCAGAACACCGAUGUCGUAGCCUCAGGUUCCAGCAACUCACAGGUGCAGCUGUGGAAAUGUGGUCAGAAUUAUCGAGGGCUUGAGCAACUCUUCAGUAUUCCUGUGAUCGGUUUUGUCAACAGCCUGAAGUUUUCGCACUCUGGUCACUUCUUGGUGGCGGGAGUUGGACAGGAGCACAGGUUGGGUCGAUGGUGGAGACAAAAAGAGGCCAAGAAUGGAAUCUUUAUCAUUCCCCUUAAGAGGAAGCCUCCAAAUCAAGAUCAAGCCCAGACAGAAGAAUAA